AUGGUUGCUUCCUCUUCUUCUGGUAGGGAUAAGGUUUCAAAAGGGGAUAAACCUCAAGAUAUUCAACUAUUAGACAAACAAGAGAUUCAAAAUGUUUUGAACUCUGAUGUAGCUAUUAAUGCACUGCUAGGACGCUUGAAACAGUCCCUGUUGACUUGCGAAGAGUUUAUCAAGUUUUUACGAAAGAAAGUCUUUUUUGAACAGGAACAUGUAGAAGAAUUGGGUAAGCAGUUUAAACACUUCUUUAUGGAUACGACUAAUAGCAGCCCAUCAUUAAAGCGAAGGAUUCAUGACAUUUUAGAAUACGAUGGAAAAUUAGCUAAAGUCAAGAAAAGUUACGUGAGCGCUUUGCAAAAGAUGUAUGAUGAAAUGAGUGCCCUUCUAUUUACAAUGACAAAGAUGAGGAAAAGCGUCAAGGAAAACAGCAGACGUUUAGAGAAAGAGGUUUCUGAUGCAAUUCACACCGCUGAAAAGAGUCAGAGUAGGUAUAAUUCUUUAUGUCAAGAUUGGGAUAAGUUAAGAUUAUCUGACCCAACAAAGACUAAGUUAACACUACGUGGAUCAAAGACAACAAAGGAACAAGAGGAAGAAUUGUUGAGGAAAAUUGAUACUGCAGACUUGGAAUAUAAGCAAAAAGUGGAUCACUCUACUUCUCUGAGAGCUACUUUUAUCAAUAAGGAGAGACCCAAGAUUGUGUCUGAAUUAAAGGAUUUGAUCCUAGAGACAGAUACUGCAUUAUCGAUUCAAUUACAAAAGUAUACUAUUUGGACUGAGAAUUUGAUCCUAAACAGUGGUGUCACUGUUGCCCCCAUGGAGGCAUCUAAAUCUAUGAGAUCCGUCGCAUCUUCCGUUACUAACGCCAAGGAUCUUUACUUGUAUCUUAACAAGUAUAACAGUUCAGGUAAGACUGGCGCCAUGGUUAAUAAGAACUUAAUUCCAGUUAAUUAUAAGAAACAUCCUUCAAUGAUUAAGAUAUCAGGACCAAGUCCCUCUACUAAUACUAAUUCAUUAUCGAAGACCACUACACCUUCAUUUUCUGUGGAUACUGGUAAGAGUUCCAAAAAUAAGAAGACCUUGGAAAGUCCUCAUACCCAGUCUAAUACCUCAAACCUUGGUGCUUCGACAUCUUCCACUAAGACAGCGGCAAGUACAUCAGGAGCCGCUUUGGGUGCAGCUGCUGGUGCAGCUGCUAAUACUACCCCUCAUGUUGUAAAUAGUGCAUCUUCAAAGGAACAGGAAAAGGACAAAGGUCUUCUUCUGGAAGAACCUCCUAAUGAUUUUAAAACACUGGAUCCAGGCAAUUCUAAUGCAGCGAGGAUACCCAGUGUGGCUACAGAUUUGACAAUGGCUACUUCAGAAUCCGAUAGACCUCUGUCACAGGUUCAAACGAACACUUCCAUGCCGCCAGGAACUCAGAAAAACUUCAAAACAUUUGGAGUUCCCUUGGAAACUUUGGUUGAAUACGAGCAGGAUAUGGUUCCAGCUAUCGUUCGUCAAUGUAUUUAUGUGAUUGACAAAUAUGGGUUAGAUCUGGAAGGUAUUUAUCGAAAGACCGCAAAUAUUACAGAAAUGAGUAAAUUAAAGGAAGAAAUUGAUAAGGAGCCAGAUAACAUUGCUAUGAUUUUACCAUCGAAGAAUUAUAAGGAAGAUGAUAUAUAUCUGGUGGCCUCUUUACUGAAGGCCUUUUUUGCAUCUUUACCAGACACCCUAUUACCUGCGGAAAUUACAGAAGAUGUAAAAAGUUGUCUCUCUAUCCCAGAUGAGAAGACAAGAAGGAAUUUCAUGCAUGGUUUAAUAUAUAAGUUACCGGAUGCUCAGUACUGGACAUUGAGAGCACUCUUGUUCCAUUUAAAGCGGGUGGUCAGCCAUGAACCUAUAAAUCGGAUGGGUACGAAGCAACUAUUCAUUAUAUGGGGACCAACGCUAAUUUCACCCCAUGAUGAAGAACCUAACGAUGUUGGUUUCCAAAUCAAAACAAUGGAAGUGCUUUACGAUGUUGCUGAUCAGGCAUUUGAACAAGAUUGA